AUGUCCUUGCUGCUAACCAUGUUGGCGGCCUUUGAUUGCUUUUUUUAUUUAUUAUCUUCUUCAUAUUCUUUUUCUUUACAUUAUACUACAUUUCUUCUCUUUUACAUUUCUUGUCUUUUUCUUUUUUCACAUCUCGUUUCUCUUUUUCCACAUCUCGUUUCUCUUUUUCUUCAUUUCGUUUCUCUUUUUCUUCAUUUCGUUUCUCUUUUUCUUCAUUUCGUUUCUCUUUUUCCACAUCUCGUUUUUCCUUUUCCUUUUUCCACAUCUCGUUUUCCUUUUCCUUUUUCCACAUCUCCUUUUCCUUUUUCCACAUCUCCUUUUCCUUUUUCCACAUCUCGUUUUCCUUUUUCCACAUCUCGUUUUCCUUUUCCUUUUUCCACAUCUCGUUUUCCUUUUCCUUUUUCCACAUCAUUUCGUUUCUUUUUCAUUUUUUUCUUUUCUACAUUUCGUUUUCUUUUUCUUCUCUUCUUCUCCUACAUUCGUUUUCCUUUUCCUUUUCUUCUCCUCGUUUUCUUUUCUUUUUCUUCUUCUCCACAUUUUUUUCUCGUUUCUCUUUUUCUUUUUCUCCUACAUUUCUUUUCUUUUCUCUUCUUCUCCUACAUUUCUUUUCUUUUCUCUUCUUCUCCUACAUUUCUUUUCUUUUCUCUUCUUCUCCUACAUUUCUUUUCUUUUCUCUUCUUCUCCUACAUUUCUUUUCUUUUCUCUUCUUCUCCUACAUUUCUUUUCUUUUCUCUUCUUCUCCUACAUUUCUUUUCUUUUCUCUUCUUCUCCUACAUUUCUUCUCUUAUCCUCUUUUUCAUAUUCAUUUUUCUUUUUAUAUUUUUCUUUUUAUUAUUUAUCUUCUUUCUUCAAUUUUUAUUCAUCUUUAUUUCCUUUUUCUUCUAUUAA